AUGGGGCUUCUAAGUAGCACAAUGCUUUGUGAAGAGGAAAUAGAGGAGCUAAAAAACACCACCUUUUUCGACGAAAGAGAGAUAGAGCACUUGUACGAGAGAUUCCAGUUUCUAGAUAAAGAGUCUCGUGGAUACCUCACAUAUAACGAGCUGAACAAUAUCCCUGAGUUCCAAUCAAAUCCUUUCAGUCAUCUAAUAAUGAAGAGUAUUGAGAAGAUGACAGAUUACGAAAAAAUGACAUUUCCCCAUUUUCUCGAGUUCCUGGGGAUUUUUUCCGAGAAGGCCAGCAAGAAAAGCAGGAUAAGAUACCUAUUUGAUAUCUUCGACUUGAACGGAGAUGGUAGGCUUUGUAGAAAUGUCCUUAUCAGAGUUAACAAGAUGAUGGGUCAGGAUGGAAAAACAGAAGAAAUCGAAAAUCUCUUAAACAUUUAUGACGAAGGAGGAAAAGGAUACUUGGACAUAUCUGAUUUUAGCAAAUUUUAUGAAAGUGACCCGCUUAUCGAUAAGAACAUGAUCAUUGACUUCUCGAAGAAUCUAAAGCGGCGUAAGCAGGUGGGAUUCAUGCAGGUAUUAUGGCCAUCGACCUACAAAGACGGAGAAUGA